AUGUCUCAGCACUAUGUGCAGCUGAGUCUUAAAAAUGUCCAACGCUGGGGAAUCCUGCACUUACCUGGGGAGAUCAUUCCAGGCCACAUUAUUCUCAUGGUGAAAAUUCUUGUGCCCGAUUGGAAUCUUCCCAGAAGAAAUGUGUUUGUUGUAAGCCUGGCAGUUGCAGACUUGAUAGUAGCUAUCUACCCUUAUCCACUGGUCCUCACAUCUGUGUUUCACAACGGAUGGAAACUGGGAUACCUACACUGCCAGAUUAGUGGCUUCUUGAUGGGCCUAAGUGUCAUUGGAUCAAUCUUCAAUAUUACAGGCAUCGCUAUCAAUCGGUACUGCUAUAUCUGCCACAGUCUCAAAUAUGACAAGCUGUACAGCGACAAGAAUUCAUUGUGCUAUAUUGUUCUUAUAUGGGUCCUAACAUUUGUUGCUAUCGUGCCCAACCUGUUUGUGGGAUCGCUGCAGUAUGACCCCAGGAUUUACUCCUGUACAUUUGCACAGUCUGUCAGCUCAGCAUACACCAUAGCCGUUGUGUUUUUCCACUUCCUGCUUCCCAUAGCUGUAGUCACUUUCUGUUACUUGCGAAUAUGGAUCCUCGUUAUUCAGGUAAGGCGAAGGGUUAAACCGGAUAACAACCCUAGGCUGAAACCACAUGACUUCAGAAACUUUGUGACCAUGUUUGUGGUAUUUGUGCUGUUUGCAGUCUGCUGGGCUCCUUUGAACUUUAUAGGCCUUGCAGUGGCCGUCAACCCAAAAACUGUAAUCCCUAGGAUUCCAGAGUGGUUGUUUGUGUCUAGUUAUUACAUGGCAUAUUUCAACAGCUGCCUUAAUGCUAUAGUAUAUGGACUCCUGAACCAGAACUUCAGAAGAGAAUACAAGAGAAUUAUUGUCACUUUUUGUACGGCAAAAGUUUUUUUCCAGGAUAGUUCUAAUGAUGCAGGAGACAGAAUGAGAAGCAAACCUUCUCCACUGAUUACAAACAACAAUCAAGUGAAGGUGGACUCUGUCUGAAAGUGGGAAUCUUACUAUUAUCACUUCACAAAAAGUGUCCGUCUUAUUAGACCUCCUGUUAAAUAUUAUAGUGAAAUAUAUCUUCUACUCUGAAAGCACUUUGAUCAAAUUCCUUGCAUGGUGUUUGGAAGCUUGUUACAAAGCCUUGACAUACAGAUCCUAUUAUACAAUGGUAUAUCCCUUGUAU